AUGGUUUUAGUGCUUAAUGGUUUUGAAGCUAAAGUGGAGGCAAGAAAGGUUGGGGAGUCUGACCAGAAAUUGGCAGAUGGAAUUUCUCUAUUCUCGAUUUCAUCAGAUUCAUAUGGAAAAGCAUCAAUUAUUGGACCACUUAUAACAGAACACGCAAAAGGAGGAAAGUGUAUUGUUUUUACGCAGACAAAACGUGAUGCUGAUCGAUUGGCAUAUGCCAUGUCAAGAAGCUAUAAAUGUGAAGCUUUGCAUGGGGAUAUUAAUCAAACCCAGAGGGAAAGGACCCUUGCAGGUUUUCGAGAUGGGAAUUUCAAUAUUUUAGUUGCCACUGAUGUCGCUGCUCGCGGGCUUGAUGUACCCAAUGUUGAUCUGGUGAUACAUUACGAGCUUCCAAACAAUUCAGAAAUAUUUGUUCAUCGGUCAGGCCGAACAGGUCGUGCUGGGAAGAAAGGAAGUGCUAUUCUUGUUUACACACAGGAUCAAUCCAGGGCUGUCAGGACUAUUGAACAAGAUGUAGGAUGCAAAUUCACUGAGCUCCCUCGGAUUGCUGUUGACGGCAAAAGCAUAGACAUGAUGCCCGACAUGGGUAGGUUUAACACAAAAAGUAGUCGAUUUGGUCAAGCAGGACCAGGAUUUAGCCGUCCUGGAUUUGGUCGUUCCAGUGGCUAUGGUGAUUCUUCUGGUCAGAUGGGUAGAUCUAGUGGACCCCGUCCUGGUCGUUUUGGUUCCUUUGGUGAUUCCGCUCAAUCUGGAGGUGGGUUUUCUGGAUCUGGCUCAAAUCGAGGAGGAAACUUCGGUGGUUCAGGUUUUGGUCGUUCAAGCGGUUCAAGUGGUUUCGGAGGGUUUGGUAGUUCUGAUCGUUCAAGUGGUUUCGGAGGGUUUGGUGGUUCUGAUCGUUCUGGCGGUUCUAGGAACUUUAGUUUGGAUCGCCAGAGUGGAUUUGUUGAUGAUAAUUCUAGCCGUUUUGACACCUUUGGUGCUGAUGAUCAAAAUGCAGGGAGAAGACACUUCUGA